UGCGUCGGUUCAGAUGUCUCUAAUUACUCAACGCGAGUAGUUGGUGUUUUUUUAUUCUCUGUUAUUUUAUUCGUUACGUAGAGAGGAUUGGCUAGUUCUGUUACAAAUAUAUCGUUUAAUCUCGGCACGUCCAUUAGCAGUGGUUGAGUGCUUAAACAAAUACAUUUAUUUGCUUUGUAGCUAGCUGGCUAGCUCUCUUCGACUCAGAAAAGUAAUCGUGUCGAUAUUUGUUAGCUUAGCUAAUUAUCCUGAGAGUGAUCAUUGGUUGUUUUAGCUUGUUAUUUUCAUGGACAUCAGGCUAAGUAAUUGCCCUUUGUUCAACAACUCUUGACUGACUUUUUGACUACCAGCGAUAAUUUGUGAGACGCAGCAUAGUGUAUUUUUUCCGAGCUAUACCUUCUUAGCUCGUAUUAUACCCAAAGGAGAACUCCAAACAAACAAAGAAGGUUUUGUAUAGAAGCUAGGUUAGCUAGCAAAUAUAGCUGGCUGGCUGGCUGGCUUGCUAGCUACGUUAGCUAAACAGUACUGACAAUCGAAUUGGUUCCAAGUUAGAUAACCAGCCAAAUAUCUUUAUAACAUGGCUCAACACAGUCAUACUCAGGUUGCGAGCUCGCAAAAGGCACUAAUGCUUGAAAUGAAAAGUCUUCAAGAGGAACCAGUCGAAGGUUUCAAAAUAACACUGGUGGACGAAGCAGACUUGUACAACUGGGAAGUAGCCAUUUUCGGACCCCCCAACACACAUUAUGAAGGGGGAUAUUUUAAGGCCCGAAUCAAGUUUCCCAUCGACUACCCUUACUCCCCUCCAGCCUUCCGCUUCCUCACCAAAAUGUGGCACCCCAACAUUUAUGAGAACGGUGAUGUGUGCAUCUCCAUCCUGCACCCUCCUGUGGAUGACCCCCAGAGCGGAGAGCUGCCCUCUGAGAGAUGGAACCCCACACAAAACGUCAGGACCAUUCUGCUGAGUGUGAUCUCUCUGCUGAACGAGCCCAACACAUUCUCCCCGGCCAACGUGGACGCCUCUGUAAUGUACCGCAAGUGGAGGGACAGCAAGGGCAAGGAGCGCGAGUACGGCGAAAUCAUCAGGAAACAGGUGUUGGCCACCAAGGCAGACGCAGACCGCGACGGUGUGAAGGUGCCCACCACGUUGGCAGAGUACUGCGUACGCACGCGAGCCCCCGCCCCCGACGAGGGCUCUGACCUCCUCUACGAUGAUUACUAUGACGACGAUGACCUCGAGGAAGAGGACGAGGACGACUGCUGCUAUGCCGAGGACGACUCUGGCAACGAGGAGUCAUGACAACUCACCAGCUCGUCUUCCAGCCACCCCAACCCACCCAACCACCCCUAAACACACACACACACACACACACAAACACACACACACACACACACUUACCUGCAACAUCACAUAGGCACACACACACACACACACACACACUUACCUGCAACAUCACAUAGGCACACACAUACAUAAAUGCCCCCUGCCCCCCAUCCCACCCAUACCCAUACUCAUGGACUUCAUUCUACCACAGAUACUAAUGCCAACAAGCAUACACACACACAUACACACACCACAACCACACAAACAACCUGUUGCACACAAGACGAGCAUGCAACCCCCCUCUCUGUCCCCCUCCUGCUGUGGACAGAGAGAUGUUGAAAUGGACUACAGAAAUUUCUAGAGUUUAUUUCUAAUAUUAUUCCUUGUUUUUGUUGACGCUCUUUUCCUCUUCCUGUUCUUUUUGUUUUCAUCUUUUUUAGACGAUGAACAAGUGACAUCCCGUUAUUCAUCCCUUCCUCUUGUUUUUUUCCCCUCUUCCAGGCUUUUCCAUGCUGCGCGUUCUCUGGCCUGUGUUGAUACAGUAUGCCCUUUUGCGCCCCCCACUCUUCCCACGUGUGUGUGUGUGUGUGUGUAUGUGUGUGUUUACCUUUCACUGCUGAGGCGCUGCAGGUCAGAGGGCAUCUAUUGCGUUCACCACAACAAACCCCUAUUACCAGCAUUGUCUGGGAGUGUCCUAUCCAGGCAAACUACAGGACAACAACAGACUGCAUUAGCAAAUAGAAGGCCAGGGUAGGGUGAAGGAAAGGGAAGUGCACUUUUGGCCUUUGGAGAGCCCUUCUCUUCAUCUCUCUCCAUCUCUCUCGUUCACUCUCUCUCUCUCUCCAUCUCUCUCUCUCUCUCCUUCUCUCUUUCACUGGCAGAAAGAAUGAGUUUGAGAGUGGAAAAGUAUGAAUCAUCUGGAGUCUGCUGGGAACACUACCCCCCCCCCCCCCCCCCCCCAAUGCCCCUCUAGUCAGAUAGGACAAACCCCAACAAUUUGCUGAAAUUGCCUCAAGUGUAGUGGGGUGAACCAAUACAAAAGGACUUUUUCAGAGCAGAGUGCUAUCAAGGCGCGUGUGUGUAUGUAUGUGUGUGUGUGUGUGUCCCCUACCCCCCACCACACAUGAUGGAUCUGUCUCAUGCAGGAGUGUUGUCCUGGGUUUGAAGGGGUCUUUACACAACACUACCACAACAUCAUUCAGCUUCAGAUUUCAAAAAAGAACAAUAACUUAAGCCACUGGCAAGGUUGGGUUUGAUGUUUUCCAUUUAAUUUUUCCAUAUUGUGUGUGGUGGAGAUAAUGAUGUGGGUCAUAUGAGGUGGGAUGAGUGGGAUGAGUUCAUGUUUUGCUGUCAUUGUUACUCUUCGUAUAUUAGUGUGCUCGUUUAGCUUGCCUGAUUCGUGGAUGUCGGACGGGCAUCUCUAAAUGAUAGAUGGACAAAUAGGGGAAACAAACUUUGAGGAAAUUAUUUUAUCGAUUUGAUUGAAUUCCAGUUUAAAGUGGAUUUAUACACAAAUUAUGUACCCAUAUUGUGUUUUUAUCAUAAUGAGAAUUUAUUUAAAACGUGUGUGUGUGCGUGCGCGCGAGUGCGUGUGUAGGUUUCAUGCUAGGAGCUGGUGCUAAUGAUGGAUUGGGUGUGUUUAUUCUCAAGCGAUUGUGUAUGGUAUUGAAUCACUGAUGGCAUCAACUUUUCCUCUCCCUGCUACUCUUUCAGAUCAGAUGCUGGGUGAGGGGUGCUUGUAACCCACCCAAGAACCAUGGACAAUGUACUGGUGUGUGUGUUUUUUCUUUAAAAAAGAUGUUUGAGAGUGUUAAGGGCUGAAGAAUCAACUGCUGACACUCUUAAUGUCCUUUUCCCUUUCACGUUGAAUUCAACAAUACUGGAGAGUGGGUCGACAUUACUGUGUGAGAGCGAGCUGUCUCUCCACCCUACCCCCUCUCCCUCUUCCUAGCAACAGAGAGACUGGUGUGACCUGUUCCCUGUUUGGAUCGAACUUGUGUUUUUCAACUCAGGACACUCCCAACAAAACACACAAGAAAACAGCAGCAACAAAAAGUGUAUGCUUUAAAAAAAAAAAUCAUGGCUCCCAGUCUCUUUAGUCAUUAUUUCACUUUUAAGGUUUACAGCUUCUCACACUCUUGUUCAAGUGCACGUGAAAGUUAUGGGCGCUCCUUUUACUUACCUAUCUAUAAGUUUUCUUUUUUUUCUUCUUUUUUUUAAUGGUUUGUUGGUCUAUUUAAAUGCAAAUGAAAAAUAAAGAACUUUAUUAGAAAAUA